ACAUUUUCGUAAUUUUAUAGGAACUAUAUAAAAUUAGCUUCCUCUCGGUCCAUCCCAAACCCUAGAGUCGGCUUCCCUCCUUCAGGGUUCCAGGUAAGUGGAAGGGUUGAGAGCUGCAGCGUCCUCUUCGGUGGUAACAGAUGGCUCCUCCGAAAGAGAGUUCAAAGAAGGCUGAUCCUAAGGCCCAGGCUGCUAAGGCUGCUAAAGCAGUAAAAUCAGGACCAACCUUCAAGAAGAAGGCUAAGAAGAUCCGAACAAAAGUUACAUUUCAUCGACCUAAGACAUUGAAGAAGGAUCGGAAUCCCAAGUAUCCUCGUAUCAGUGCUCCACCUAGAAACAAGCUUGAUCACUAUCAGAUUCUUAAGUUUCCUCUCACCACUGAGUCAGCCAUGAAAAAGAUUGAAGACAACAACACUUUGGUCUUUAUUGUUGACAUCCGUGCUGACAAGAAGAAGAUCAAGGAUGCUGUCAAGAAGAUGUAUGAUAUUCAGGCUAAGAAAGUGAAUACCUUGAUUAGGCCUGAUGGUACCAAGAAAGCAUAUGUUAGGUUGACGCCAGACUAUGAUGCUUUGGAUGUGGCAAAUAAAAUUGGAAUCAUUUAAGCUAGUGCAUGGUCAUUCUGUGCACAUUUUCGUUCUUUUCUUUUUCUUUUUCUUUUCUUUUUUUUGUUGUCGUUGCCCAGAAUUUGGAAAAUUAUUUGAAAGUUGUAAUCUUAUGCCACUGACGGCUGUUUGUUUUGUGUCUUAUCUGAUAUUUGGGACGAGUAGGAAAAUGAAGUUUAAUUCCCCAUAUUCUGGUUC